AUGGGCGGCGGGGCGCGGGAGCUGGCCGGGUACCUGGCGGCGCUGGCCGGCUGGGUGGCGGGGCUGGCGGCCGCCGUGCUGCCGCAGUGGCGGCAGAGCUCGUACGCCGGGGACGCCAUCAUCACGGCCGUGGGUCUCCAUGAGGGGCUGUGGAUGAGUUGCGCCGCCCAGAGCACCGGGCAGGUGCAGUGCCGCCUGCACGACUCGCUGCUCUCCCUCGAAGUUCACAUCCAGACAUGCCGGGCUCUCAUGGUCAUUUCUCUCCUCCUGGGCUUCUUUGGCAUCAUCGUGAGCGUGGUGGGCAUGAAAUGCACUAAAGUUGGGGAGGAGGAUCCUGUCACCAAAAGCCGCAUAGCUGUUGCUGGAGGUGUUCUCUUCGUUCUCUCUGGUCUGUGCACACUGGCUGCCGUGUCGUUGUAUGCAACACAGGUGACCUAUGAGUUCUUCAGAGAGACCACCAUCCCCAUCAACACCAGGUACGAGUUUGGCUCUGCUCUCUUCGUGGGCUGGGGGGCCGCCAGCCUCUCCAUGCUGGGGGGGUCCCUCCUGUGCUGCUCCUGCCCUGCCAAGGAGCGCCGAGGACAGCGGUACCAGCAGCAGUCACAGCCCUCCACAGCCCAGGACUAUGUCUGAGCCCUCGCCCUACGCUCCUGCUGCCCAGUGCCUCCCUUCCCUCCCAAAAAGAGGCAAGACCCCGGUGUUCCCACCCUGCCUGGACCCUGAAUGUCCCGUGAGACCUUUCUCCUUCUUAUCUUCCGUGUUUCAGCACCAUUUUCAGUGCCAGCCUCCAAAGCAGAGGUUUUAAGUGUCACACCUGUCAUAUCCAUCAUUGCUGUGUUCUCAGCUGGGCGGGGUGCUACCCCCAGCCCCACAUUGUGGCCACACCAUCUCUGUCUGUCACAGGGAUUCUCUGGGGGUGCUGCAGGGAGGCUGAUGCCAGUGGCAAAGGGGCAGAGAGCCAGUUGGCCAAUCCCACAGGGGUGUGCCACACAGAAGGGGUUUGUACCAUGGCCACCCCUUUCUCACAUCCUGUUUUCAGGAGCAAGUGGGGAGGAAAGCCAGUGUUUGGUUUUCCUUGGAUGAGGUUUUUACUUCUAACAGCACCAGCCCAACUUGGGGUUCAAGCAUCCCUAAGCCCCGUUCUUGGCAGAGGGAUGCUUUUAGGAUGCAGCAUUGCCCUUCCUCAUUGCUACUGAAAAGCAACAGUUUAAAAUUAUUAUUAAUUAUUAUUGAUUCCUUCCUGGAGGCCAGUUGCUCCAGCUGAGCUCUGCCAGCCCAAACCUGCCUUGGACUCAUUCCUGUCCAGGACCAGGCUGUGCCUUGUUAAACAAUGAAUGGGUUUGGGCAAAUUAAAGCAGCAAAAAGAGGGUCUGAACAUAAAUUACUUGUUUUUGGUUACAGAUGGACAGAGCCCUGAAUUUUGGUGCCUCCCUGCUGGGUCCAAAUCCCUCUUCCCCUGCCAAGAUCCCCUAGAGCAGACAGUGAAGGUUCCAAAUACAACCUGCUAAUUGCCUCCACCAGUUUGUACCUCUAUUCUACUGCUACUAAUUGUUUUGCAACUGCCAAAGCUCCAAUUUAAUCUGUAAAUCCUUCAAACUCUCUGUACUCCAUCCCUCCAGCCCUGCUGCAGGUGUUGUGCCCACCAACCCACAGGGAACGACACUGAAAAUUAUCCAAACAGCUUCAUAAUCUAUUUUUAAAUUUUAUCUUUAAACCCAAAUAUGAAGAGAAAGCUGAUUUUUAAAAAAUUUUGGGUUGCUCUAUUUUAUUUUGUUUAUUUUAUUUUGCUCUAUUUUGUUUUAUUCUGCUUUUCUCAUUUUUAUUUUCUUUCCUCCUGUUUUAUUUCCUUUCCCUCUAUUUGAUGUUAUGCCCACGCUCGGGUCUGGGUCCCUGGCUGUGCUGGAGGAGAAACAAUGCUGUUUUUUCCCCGAGGGGGCGCGUGAUUUCUCUCUUUCUCCCUGGCAUGAACUGCCUUUGUCUCUUUUAAGUUGCAGUCCCCCUGCAAAGCUGUCCUGCACACCUCAUGGGAGAGCAGUGCUUCUAGGCUGGCAUCACCCAUCAGGUGCUGAACCCAGAUUUUGGGGUUCGAAAAACAACAACCAAAGCCACUGCAGUAAGGAUUGAAAAGGAAUCUUAUGCUUUAAAAGAAACAAACAAAAACACACCCCCCCCAAAAAAAAACCAAAAGCAAAAACAAACAACCCCACACACUGAAAAGGCCUUUUUAUAUUUCAGUGUAAAGAAUGUUUUUUAUUCUAUUAAUAUAAAUUUCAUUAACUUUCCCUUGGGAUGCAUGGCCUUGGAUUUUUUUGUACUUAAAAUUGUGACUUGGUGGUAUUACAAUAUUUUAAAUCAUGAGCAUCUUUCUGGAACUGUCUCUUUGACCUCCCCUCACUCCCCAUCUGGACCAGUCCCCUCCAGUGCUGGUUCAGAGCCACUUCUGCAGCGUGGCAGGAGCCUUUCCCCCAUCCUCAAUAGUUCUUGCCCUCCUGGCUAAAUAUAUUGCAUCUUUUGCCACGUGUUGCUCUCAAAGGUGGGGAUGUGUUCUUACAAAUUUCUUCAGAUUAAAUCCUUGGGAAUCCAGCUUGACCCCUCCACAAGUCUCUUCCCAAGGCUGAAAUGCCACCAGCAUCUUCCACUUAUAGGCCCUCUUAGGAACCCUCAUAGCUGAAGUCUUCCUGUUUUCUCCCUUUUGCCAUUAAUUCAGAGCUGACUUGUGCCUAAUUGGGUAUUUACUAAUUUAAGCCGAUUUUUAUUCCCCUAUGUGGGACGUGGCCCCUGCUGUGCAUGUUUUUCUUUAGAGGACAUGUUUUCCAUCCAGGUUUUUGCAUGGCUGCUGUGUCGUCUUAGCAUCCUCGUCUUGCCUCCUGCGUCUAGUCCAGAAAUACAUCCCAUCCCACCUCAGACCCAGGGAUUUGCUGUCCUUGGUGGCUGCUGCGACAUCUCCAGUAGUCACCUGAAGGCUUCCUGGGGAUGGACACCCAGGCUGGAAGCACAUCAGAGAGGGGGAUCUGCCUUUGCUCACAGCACAGGCAGGCUGAAACGCUUUCCCCCCCUCCAACGCACUUAGUCAUUAAACCAGUUGUUGGGAGUUGGGAUUUUUUUCCUUUUUCUUUUACUUACAGAUUUUUCUUUUUCCCAUUAAUUGCUAGGAAACUAACUACUGGGGACUUAUGGAUACUUAGGGGUGCUUAAGAAAGACAAAAACCGUGUCUGAAGUCGGGAGAGGAGUGGAGCAUCUGGGUAUAGCUUUUUUCCCUCGGGGAGUUUCUCUCCGGGGGAGAGAACGGGGCCAGGUAAAACAGACGGGGCUGGAGGCAGCUGGGUGCUCUCGCUCAUUGGCAUCGGAGGAGGACAGCCGGGCUCUCCCUUCCUGCAAGAGAGAAUUGCCGGCACCGAAGGCCCGGUCACCAUCUGCCCGUGUGCCCUGGCAGUCCCGAGCCUCGCCUCUGGGCCCCGCUGCCCUGGCCCCGCUGCUUUUUCGGUUUCUCCACGCUGUGGCCGUCCCUGAGUUCCAGCUGCCGCUGUGGAACUCCUAAUACAUCUAGUCCACCACCCCCGGAUUAUUUUUGCUCAUUUCUGCCAGCUGUGACGGUAACUGCACCAAAGUGGAAAGUGCCAGCAGCCCAGAAGGCUUUUGCUGCGUCCCUGGUUCUGUUUGUUGUUAAUGUUAUUGUUUUGUUUGCCUUGUUAUACAUACUAGUAAAGAAUUGUUAUUCCUGUCCUCA